AUGGGAAAAACCCAGCAUUUUCUUCAAAAUAUUCCGAACAAGCAAGACAUUCACGCAAUUAAAAAGAACAAAGGUUCAAAGCAUUGCUCCUUUUGUGGAAAUCACAAUAAAAAAGUUUUGGAGAAAGGACACAGAAAUUGUAAACACAAAAAAUGUGAAUGCCUUAAAUGCUCAACUAGUAGACGUAAGAUUGAAACAGCAAAAAGGUUCCGAAAAAAUAAAAAAAUUAAUUCUACAAAUUCCGUUGCCAUUCCUGCUUCCUUUCAUUCAGAGUUAAUGGAUGUUGAUUCAACUCAAAGCUCACUGCACAAUCUUCGCGUUAACAACCAACGUCCUUCAGAUCCUGUCCAAAUAAAUUUAUCAAAAUCAAAGAUUCCAAUAUCUGGCGCUCUCUUCCCACCAAGUACUUCAAAUGCUAUAAUGACAGAAGAAAUUGCAACUUUUCUUAGAAAAAGUGUCGAUGACAAAAUUGAUGAAGAAAUGGAAGGAUUUCCCAGUUUUUCUGGUGAUUGGAUAGAAGGUGGAGCAUGGAGGAUGAAUUUUGUUGAUUAUUGGACAUUGAUCUGGUUUGUUAAAGUUAUAUCAACUUGGACAUUCAAUGGACAACCUUUUGAAUUUCAUGUGAUGACUGAUUUGCCCACGUUUAAGUAUUUCACUUUCAUACCGGGUCUCUUACUUGACGACACGAAAAUUUUGCAGCGUAUCUUCAAAUUGAAUAAUUUGGAUACCGCUAAGUGGGUAAUUUUAGAUAAAAGGCAGGUACUUGGUGGAUUCGAAGUCGAUUUUCAAAUGGAUCUCAUCAGCGCUCACCAUUUAGAGCAAAUGAAUAAUACACUUAACUUUGGAAUGAAUCAAAUACAACUUGGAUUAAUCGAAUCUGUCGAUGAUGAAGAUGAGUGA